UUUCAUUUUAGUAAAAAUAGUUAAUUGCUCUUUUGUUUCUUACUCAAAAUUGAAUACAUUAAAACAUUAAGCAUUUAUUGUAAUCAAACAAUAAUAAUUGAUAAAAGAAACAAAUGAAGUAAACUGACGGAAAUGCAUAUUUUAUGUACAAUCUGCAGCGAUCUUGUAAAUCAGGCGGAGAACAUAUUUGCAACCAAAUGUGGUCAUAUUUUCCACUACCAUUGCUUAUCACAAUGGAUAGAAAGAUCAAAAUCAUGCCCACAAUGUCGCAACAAAGUAACAGACAAGUGUAUGUAUCGCAUAUACCCAACAAUAUCAAAUGAGACCUCGGGAGAAGAUAUUACCACCUUACAAUCCAGACUGGAUGAUGCCCAGUUGCAGCUGAGACAACAAAAAGUGUGUGUGAAAGAAAAAGAUGACAAAUUGACCUCCAUAACAGCAGAGUUGAAAAAAAAUGAAGAACUUUUGAAGGCACUGGAAAAGAAAUUGGUCAAUAGAGAAUCUGCAGUAUCGGCUUUGAGAGAGCAACUGGACUAUGUUAAAAUACAAAAUAAGGAAACAAACAGACUUAAAGAAGAAAACGAGAGUCUUAAGAAGAAUCUACAGACAUUAAAUGGAUUACAGAAAGUCUUGAAUGCAACUAGUGAUGAAGUGGAACAGAUGCUAGAAGGAUACACAGAUGUAAGAACAGUAGCAACAUUUGCCACUGCUUUAAAAAGAGCCUUGUGUGAGUCAGAAUCAAAGAAAAACGAGACAAGAGACAGACUGCAAGCUGCAAAACAACAAAUAGGUGUUGAGAAAAACAAUGUUGCUGAUCUACAAGCUAAAAUAGUACAAUUAGAAGACAAUCUUCAUACGGCUGAACGAAAAUAUCAAGCCUUAAAACAGAAACGGAAAGCGUUUGAUAUGUUGGUAGAUGAGAAUGAGGAGCAAUGCAAAAAGAUAAUGAUGGCAGCAGUUAAACCACAGAUAUCACCUGGCCUUAAUAAAGCUAUGAUUAUUGAUGACAGCAACUCUAGUUUUCACACACAAGUAAAGAAAAUAGAGAACUCGGAAUCGCCAUAUUUAAAUCUGAAGCAAAGUAGUCUCGCUCUUAGUGCUUUACAACAGAGACCAAUUCAUAGUCUGCCACCUGACAAACUAAAGCCUUCAGAACUUGCUUUCAUAAAUGCAGCAAAGAACGCAACAAAGCGGCCUGGAAUAGAAAACAUGCCAAUCACACCUCUUAGCAUCUUCCAUAAGAAAGAACCAGCAAAAAUAGAACUCUCCCAGAAGGACGACUUGAACAUAUCACAGUUCAACAUAUCGUAUGACGGCCUGGGUGGUCAUUCUAAAUUAGAUACUUUUCCCGUGCCGAAUAAUAGACCACCAUUAAAAUCAUGUGUCCCCAAAUUGACUGCUAAACAUAAGUUAAAACGACCUAAUCCGCCGGCGGGUAGUCAAGAUAUAAGCAAAUUAUUAGGGAAAAUAAGUAAUAAAUGAUUAAUUUACAUUCACUAAGUAUUAAAGUGUUGGAAAGUAUCAAUACUCAUGAAUUACCUUGUAAAUCAAGCGUUUUUGUAAGUUAUCUAGUAAGAGACCGUAAUUCACCUGUUAUUACUAUAUUUAUUUAAAAAUAAUUGUAUUAUAUAAUAGAAUAAAUAUAAUAUUAAUUUCAUAUUGUAUUUUUUUAUUAAUUUAAAUCUAAACUUGGUUUUUGGCGAUAAGGUCACCGUUUGUACUGUACAAUUUAGUAAUAAAGUAAAAAAAGUUUUAAAUCAUGUUAUGUUAAGACCAUGCCUUAUGUGUUGGGCCUACUCUAUAAGGAAUUGUCUUUGAAAAUAUCAUCAUCACAUCAUCACCAGCCCUUUUACGUCCCCACUGCAGGGGCUCACGCUUUCCUUAUGGAUGGUUAAGGAGGAUGGGCCAUGACCCUCCACGCUGGUCCAAUGUGGAUUGGAGGGUAUUAACGACUGCAAAUGCAGCCGGGACCAACAGCUUAACGUGCCUUCCGAAGCACGGAGUAGCUCGAGAUAAUAAUCUUUUGGUCACCCAUCCCGUCACCGACCCUUGCGAAAGUUGCUUAACGACUACGAUUGCGGGCCGCGGUGCUUAUCCACUACGCCACCGAGCUACUCUAGCUACCGAGCUACGAGCGAAAAUAUAGGUAGAUAAUAUACACAAAAAUUAUAAUUAUUCAGAAUGAUUUAUAUCAAAG